UUUCUUCUCGAUGGAAGGAAGUGGCGCUCGAGAAGGUCGGUCCCAGUUGCUGGCAAGUUGAAGCGAGUGGAGUUCGCGCCGAGUUUCUAGGAGUCGAUAGUUUGUGACUCAGUGUACGCACCAGACCUGCCAUGGAUAAGAGCAUGGGGCCCACGCUACCCAUGAAUAUCUCAGGGGGCCCAUUCUUGAUACCGAGCAAAGCCGACAUCGAGCCCAUCGAGGAGCAACCUUUCGACUUCAGUCGCAAGUACAAUGAGGUGCUCGAGGAGCCCGACUCGAAGGAUCGUUCAGCGGAACCCGCAACUUAUCAAGAUGACGAUAUGCCGCGAGUCUACUGCACCGAAGGCACGCCCCGACUCAUCAGUAGAGCUUCAUCUGUCGGCGAUCUCACCGGGAACGACAAACGUCGUCCGGAAACCAUAUACGAACAGGAAGAAAUCACACUGGCCAGUCAUACGGCGACAGCGAACGCAACCCCACGAAUCUGGUCCGGUAAUGGGUCUCCGACGUCGAUGAACAGCUUCUGUAUGAAUGGGAAUUCGCAAUUCGACGCCCACUCGAUUGUAUCGGAAUUCAGUCGCCAACCUUCGGGUUUGAUCUCUCCGUCGGACCUUCCUGACUCGCCCGGUCAGACGAUGCCUCCCUCUCCGAAGGAACGACGCCCAGUCUACACCACGGAGGCCAAGCACCCGUUUGAUUAUGCGUAUCCGUUGCAAAAUUCUUCGCAUAUUCCGCAGGCCGCGCGCUUCACGCCGAUCGCGUUGGACGAGGUCAAGCACGAUGUGAAAUCCACGAGCCUGAAUCUCGUACGACCGAAUCCUGAACCCCGCCAAAUGCGCUCCUACGCCGACUCGAAGUCACUCAUCGGCGAUCAGUAUACCCAAGAGGACUCCUUGCACAACUACCGCACAGAGGAUACGCCCGCGAACCUAUCGGCGGCCACGAGUUUCUCGGACCUGAGCAGUAUUUGUCCCAAAAGCGAUUGCCACGGACCAGUUCCUAAGCCACGGAUGCGAAAGUCGAUGACGCCAUCGAAUGGCUGUAGCCCCUUGCCGCCACUGAAAACUUCACACGUUUCCGACCUCUACACGGAAGCGGAGGGCGCACCGUCAGUCAACAAUCACUCGCAGCACAAGGAAAGUUCCUUCAGCAUGGACGAUCAGAAAUCUGAAUCUUCCUCGUCGUUGUGGAAACCACGGACUCUGCCGAGAAAACUCCGGGACAGUCUGCCGUCGAAAGACAUGAACUCGUCUCCGUCUUGCAGCCACAACAAAUCCAUGCCGGACCUGAACAAAAACCCGGGAGAAUCGCCUUCAGAAUCGGAUGAUGAGGAAUUGCUCAUGGCCAUGAUCAACGAAGGUCGGCCGUGCAAGAAAGCGGACUCGUCCGGCUCGAAGAUAACGCAGAACAAAAAUCGGAACAAACAGAGGAAGGGAAAGGACUUCGACUCGGACUCCGAGUCUGAUCAACAGCAGAUCCUCGACGAACUGAUCAAGCUAGGUAGACCUACGUCAAGGAACCAGACCCUAAAACUGAAAUCCAAGCCAGAUCAGAGAGAUGACGAUUAUCCCUCGACGUCGUCGACUAAAGACAAAUUCAAAGCCGCUCGUUCGAUGGAAAGCCUAAGCGUGGCGGCAAAAGUGGUCAAAAAAGGCGCUACGAAUUUCCGGGUUCAGGAGCAGCCCAUUCGAGGGGGCGAAGCCGUUAUUCCUAAAUCAGCGGUCGCGAGGGCGCAGUCUCUAAAAGGCAGCAAGACCUUGGGGUACGAUCCCGUCCACGAUCGCAGACAGACGAAAACGCCCGAUCCGACAGAAGUGAGCAAGAUCGACAUGCACUUCUUAAACAACCGGGCCAACAAGCCCAUUUCCAAGGUCAGCCCCAUGCGUUCCUCCCCGAAAAAGUAUCCCGAUGACGAAGAAGAACCCUGUCAGAAAACGGUCCUGCUCUCACCGCUCCGCAGUUCGGUGCGUCAGAGCCGACAAACAUGCGUGAAGAAAACAGUCGAGCUCAGCGCCGAAGCGUCGGACGCUAGCAGCGAAGAGCCCCAUCCCCCACGUCCUCCCAAGCCCCCGCAGUUCAGAGCUCCCCCGAAACCCCCGGCACCCGCAGUGGUUGAGCCGAUCGCCGCGGUGGAACCCAUCGUUCCUAUGCCCGACGUUGUUCAGAGGGUCCUCCCCGAUAUCGUCACGGCGGAAGUUCCGGAGGAAGAGAACAACAACAACGUCGCUGAGGUCAAGAUCGAGGUACCGCCAGAGCCACCAGAGGAUUCCGGGGACAUAACGGUUCUCAGUUUCAAAUUCACCGACUCGCGGAGGAGCUAUACGCGAAGAUUCCUCGCGAGUAAUCAGUUCCAUUGUGUACUGAACUAUUUGGCUUGCAAAGGCUUCCCUUCGGACAAGUACAAAGUCGUUGUGCCAACGCUCCUUCGUAUAAAGAAAGAAGUCACCGAGAGUAGUUACGGUAAAACCCUAGCCGAGCUGAAGAUGGUCCCCAAGAAAACGCUCACCGUGAAGCCCCGAUGAGAUUGACGUGCCAAUACAUAUACUUUCAAGGAUAUACACAUCAUUUGUUGUUCAGCCACUUCUAGAAUACGAACGAGCUCCAUCCCCAAUCUAGGUAGAGUGUAGCAGCGGAAAACCUCGCCACGUUCUCAGUGCGAAUGAAUCCAAUGUGUUCCUCAUCGAUCUUUAUGCUCCGCACGACGGCAGGAAAAUCGCAGAGCGGCGGAAAUGUAUUCAUUUAGUUAGUGUUCUCAUGUCGAACGAGCAAUACUUCCCGGCAAUAGCCGUCUGUAGUGAAAGACUCCCGAGAAAUCCCAUGCUGAUCUCGGCGGAUGCUAGUUCUAUGCAAUAAAUAUACAUUUAA